ACCGUAGAUAACCCGGAAAUGCAAUCCAUUACACCAACAACUAACAACCCUUCAUGACAGCGUCGGCCGACUCUCACGUCGGUCUAAAUUGUCUAAAUUGCGGCGUUUGUCCUCCUCGUUGUCGGAAGGUGACCUGCAUUUGUCGUAGUUAGAAGGCAAGAAACCACUUGCCACCAUGUUCCUCACCCUCGCCCUGCUGCGGAAAGGCAUCUCCGGGAAGCAGUGGAUCGGAAAGUACCGUCGCCCACGGCAGAUCACGUGGCAGAUGAAACGCAAUACGCUGAAGCAUCUGGAGCGCGAGGCCGAGAACGAGUACUGGAUCAGCCGGCCGUACAUGACCACGGAGCAGGAGUACGGUCACGCCGCCGAGCGCAGAGCCCAGAGUUGGCUCCAAAUAAAGGAGGCCAAAUUUUCCAAAUUUCCUGAACACAAGCGCAUCACAGACCACCUGAGUCACCUCAACGUCACCAAGACGUGGUCGAGUUAAUGCGAGCAGAGGAGUUGCGUUCAAGGACUGUCUUCAUAAUGGGACAACGUCACGUUUAUUUGUGCAAAAAAAAGCUGGGUUUUGUUCCAUGAUCCAUAAUUGACCUUUUUAACUCUAUGCCUCCAUAAAACAAAUGUGUAAACUGUUGGUUUGACUGAAUCCACACCACUAAAACCUACUUGAUGCA